UGUUCGGGGUCAGUCUGACUAUUUCUUUUCGUCCAAUGGCUAAUAAUUCUGAUGUUGUUGUGUUUGAGCUUAUUGGCUUUCCAGGCCUCCCUCCCAAUUACCAUAUCUUGGUCUCCAUCAUUUUGUUCUUAGUCUACAUGGUGUCUCUGGUUGCGAACUCUGCUGUCAUCGGGAUCGUAACGUGGAAGAAGACAUUACAGCAUCCCAUGUAUAUCAUCAUCGCCAACCUGGCUCUUUCUGAUUUACUGUUCGACACCAUAACGCUGCCGAAAAUUAUCGCCAAGUACUGGUUUGGUGAUGGAUCCAUAAGUUUUGCCGGGUGCAUGUUCCAGCUCUUCUGCGUCCAUUACUUGGGUGCCCUUGAUUCCUUCAUCAUCAUGCUAAUGGCUUUUGAUCGUUACGUUGCCAUUUGCAAACCAUUGAGAUAUUCUUCGAUAAUCACCAAUAGAUUGACCAUGUGUACAUGCUUCGUCCUCUGGAUACUUGCCUCCAUCUACUCUUCAAUCAAUGCUACCUGGCAUUCCCAGUUUCCACAUUGUCAUUCGAGAAAAAUCAACAAUUGUUUCUGUGUCAACGUGGCCGUCAUCAUCCUGACCUGCGAAGACACUCGUUUACUCCGGGUGACGUCAUUCAAUGUCGCCAUGGUCAUUCUUCUCUUGCCGAUGUCCCUCAUUAUACUUUCUUACAUAGUCAUCAUCGCGACAAUCGCUUCGUCCUCUCAGGAAAACAACUGGCAGAAAGCGUUUUAUACCUGUACCACUCAUUUAUUCAUCAUCGCCAUGUACUACGGCCCUCGGGUGUUCAUAUACACAUCAUAUCAGUUCAACCUAGUCUUUAGUCUGGACAUGAGUGUUUUAAUUCUUUGUCUCUACACAUAUAUACCACACAUGGCCAACCCCAUUAUAUACUGUCUGAGGAACCGUGAAAUUAGGCAGAUCAUUGGGAAGACAUUGACGAUGAGUUUGCAUUCUCAAAAAUGAACACGUGAUGAAGGACCAUCGCCUCGACCCUAUAGUAGCAUGCGCUGGCUGAGGAUUUUUGUUUCCAUGACAUUUCUUUAAAAGCUUUAUUACCCCUUGCAGCUUUUUAAAGUUCUAGUAGAAUUUCGGGGCAUUCCUUCCUUAAAAUGUCAACGCUAUCAGUUGCAUCAAUCAAUGUAGUAGAGACCCUGCAGGGUCUCUGAGGAUCCGAUCGCGCACAGAAGAGGGAAAAAAAUAAAA